UAUUAUACAUAUUAUUUAAUCAUACUUCAGUGAGAAUCCUGCACACCGGCCGCGAAUUCAAACUGUGCAUUAUAUCGGUCCUCACGGAUCUAAUUAAUUAAGCCAUUACCUUCAAAUUUGGCCAUAAAAAGUGAAUUAUUGAUUGAAACUUCUUAAAAACCGCAACCAACCCAUUCCUGGUGAAGUUUGGCGGAUCGGAAUCGCCGCAAGGCGCAAGCUCGAGGCUCGUGUUCACUUGACUGCAGUCGCAAGCAAGUGGCGAUCCAUCCAGUCAGCCCCCGGAUCGAAUUCGCGUGUGUCCGAAGAGGAAAAGCGUCCGACCACUGGUUAUAUUCAUGUGCGGUGCGUUGUUGAUGCUGCAGUGAGCGCGCCAGAGAGAGGCUGAGGAGCGGAGAUGCCGUUGGCGGUGCUGGCGGAUCCAUGGCAGCGCAUGCAAGUGCAGAUCAAGGAAGACUCGGAAGUCGCCAGUACUGAGGAAAUGGUCGUGGAUGACCCAAACGAGUCAAACCACAAUGGCGAUUCAACUCACGAAAUUGAGCUGCAGGAGGUGGUCAAAGAGGGCCAUGACAAAGCUGACCCCAGUCAGUUUGAGUUGCUCAAGGUUCUCGGCCAGGGCUCCUUUGGCAAGGUGUUCCUGGUGCGGAAAAUCGUGGGUCUGGACAGUGGCACCCUGUAUGCUAUGAAGGUGCUGAAGAAAGCCACACUGAAGGUCAGGGACCGCGUUCGAACUAAGGUGGAACGAAAUAUACUUGUGGACGUCCGGCACCCUUUCAUUGUUCGGCUGCACUAUGCCUUCCAGACUGAAGGCAAGCUCUACCUCAUACUGGACUUCCUACGCGGUGGAGACCUUUUCACCAGGCUGUCCAAAGAGGUCAUGUUCACCGAGGAGGACGUCAAGUUCUACCUGGCCGAACUGGCUCUUGCUCUCGACCACCUGCACUCUAUCGGUAUCAUUUACAGGGAUCUCAAGCCAGAAAAUAUUCUUCUUGACGCUGACGGACAUAUUUCCUUAACCGACUUUGGCUUGAGCAAGCAACCUGUUGACGACCAAGCGUUCUCCUUUUGCGGCACCGUGGAGUACAUGGCUCCUGAGGUGGUGAACCGUAAGGGACACUCAUUUGCUGCUGACUGGUGGUCCUUUGGAGUUCUUAUGUACGAGAUGCUGACAGGGGCGCUGCCGUUCCAAGGCAGCAAUCGCAAGGAAACUAUGACCCAGAUUCUCAAGGCCAAAUUAGGAAUGCCUGCGUUCUUGUCGCCUGAAGCCCAGGCGCUUUUGAGGGUGCUCUUCAAACGAAAUCCUGUAAAUCGUUUAGGUGCAGGCCCUGAGGGAGUGCAAGAAAUCAAGGCACAUUCAUUCUUUGCCACUAUUGACUGGGACAAGUUGUACAAUAAAGAAAUUUCCCCUCCCUUCAAACCUGCCGUCAGUAGGGCUGACGAUGCUCACUGUUUCGAUUCAGAAUACACAUCAAAAACUCCUAAAGAUUCUCCUGGAGUUCCUCCUAGUGCAAACGCACACGAACUCUUCCGAGGGUUCAGUUUUGUUGAUCCUACACUAUUGGACGGUGAUGAUAUGCCACUGCAAAUGACUCAGAUGUUAGACAAAAUGCCUGAGCCCCUCAAACAUUCCUAUAUAAAAACCAACAAGUUGUCAGACGAGUAUGAAGUUGAAGAGCAAAUUGGGUCAGGGAGCUACUCUGUGUGCAGAAGAUGUGUUCACAGAUCAUCUAGAAUGGAGUAUGCAGUAAAGAUAAUUGAUAAAUCAAAGAGAGACUGUCAUGAGGAGAUAGAUAUACUUUUACGUUACGGGCAACACCCAAAUAUUGUGACAUUACGAGACGCAUACCAAGAUGAGAAUUCAGUCUACCUUGUAAUGGAAUUGAUGAAAGGAGGAGAGUUGCUGGACCAAAUCCAGCAUCACCCCUAUUCGGAACGCGAAGCGUCGGCUGUGAUGAAUGUUAUUGUUCAGACUGUUUCCUACUUGCAUCAAAAUGGAGUGGUUCAUCGGGAUCUGAAACCUUCAAAUUUAUUGUUUGCAACAACGCAGAUGAACCCACAGGGCAUUCGGUUGUGUGACUUCGGCUUUGCAAAACAGCUGCGCGCAGAAAAUGGUCUUUUAAUGACACCUUGUUACACUGCCAAUUUUGUGGCGCCCGAGGUGCUGAAAAAGCAAGGCUAUGACGCUGCAUGUGACAUCUGGAGCCUUGGCAUCAUUCUUUACAUUAUGCUUGCAGGGAAAGCUCCGUUUGUAAAUUCAACCAGCGACACAGCAAACCAAAUUUUAGGUAGGAUUGGUGAAGGACGAUUUGAUUUGGACAAUGGUGUUUGGAGGAAUAUUAGUAGUGAAGCCAAGGACCUUGUCUCAAAAAUGCUAGACAUGGAUCCAAACAGGAGGCCAACUGCUACACAGUUGCUUUUGCAUCCAUGGCUGGUCAACCCUAACGGACUGCCUGGCCAGAAACUGCAACCUCAAAAAGCGCAAGACAUCAAGGGUGCUGUUGCUGCAACGUACCGAGCUAUGUUGCAGUCCCCAAGGGCUCCUAACCUCGGCCCGGUUGUGAUGUCUGAGCUUGCCAGGCGCCGACGAAAGUCCAGACCCAAAUCGUCGACAGAAAUGUGAUACAACUCUUUCGAACUUGUCUCGUAAUUCUUCCUGUGUAAACUUAGAAAUGUAAGCUGUGCUAUCAAGGUCAUUCAUUAUCUUAGUAAUUAGCAUCAAGCAUAUCGUCGAAAUUGCGGCAAUUUUACCAAGUUUUGUUUUAAAAGCAAGGGAAUGAGGUGCUUAUAGUUUUGUAUUGUGAGCACUAAAAAUCGAGUGCUCUUAUCUUUGCAUUUUUUAUUUAGAUAUUGGCUAGUUUCCAGAUAAAGUACAAUUGCCGCAAAUUAGAUGGUAAAGAUGGUAUGGAAAUAAAACCAUGUUGUUAAACUACUUCUACGAAUCUUCAUCACCCGUUUAUGCUCUCCAUGGAUGCCAAUAUCAAAAUGAACUUUUACUUUACGGAUUUUACCACAGAGUUACCGCAUUUUUAAUGGGGUCUUGUUGCAUUUACGGAGUUUUGAAUAAUAUCAUGUGUUAUUAAUCGUAAUUAAUGUGGCCUAAAAAUAAAAUUUAUGACAAAUAGUUUUGUAAAAAAAAAGAAAGAGGACAUUAAUUAUCCAUAAUAUGGACAGGGAAAAUAAGCUGAUUUGUCUGUGCUAAAUAUAAUUCUGAAUAUUCCCUGUUGAGUGAUACUUUGUCUCUAUAUCUUGCGACAAUGUAGGUCUGCAGAUUGAACAUGUAUGUAUUGUGAAUUUUCUCUGAUGAUCACCCCCCUCUUCAGGCUAAGCAUUUUAGGCUAAAUAAAUGUGUCGUCUCUUGAUGUUGUUGUCCCCUGAGCGUGUGAUAAGUUUAAAUUCAUAAGCACUUAUAGAUGCAUGAGAAAAAUCUGGUAAUAUAUUAGAUGUCUUAAAAAUUACAGUAAUUAAAUCUAUUAAAACAUUGUUCCCAGUGCAAAAUGUAAAUGUUAGUAAACCAACUUUACUUAAAUAUGCUGCGCCAUAACAUGAUAUAUUAUAUAUUUUGUAAAUUAAAUUUAUCAGCAUUUGUCAACCACAAAAGUUAAAGCAAAGUAUGACGUGUGGUGUUGUUCAGACUUGAAAUUCUUGAUCACAUAAAUUAUGAUUUUAAAAUUGAAUUAAUAUAAUAGGACAUAAAAUAAAA